CUGGACAAGCGCUAAGCCCCAGCCUGCUCCUCAGCCUGCUGCAAUAUCGGAUGACGACCGUUAUGGCUGCAGCUGUGCGACCAAGAAAUCUGCAAUGCAACCAUGGAAAGUCUGCAGAGGACUCUCGUUUAAGAUCACAUCGCUGCCAUCUCUACGGCACGUGGCUAUCUCAAUGGGAAGGACCGACUUUAGACCUAUCUGCAACCUUUGGCUCCCUGAUAAGUAUCUCUUCUAUCAGUCCGAUUCAUCCUGGUCAUAUCACGCCCAUCGUCGCACCCGAGCUCUAGGACCAUUUUCCUGGCCUUUAACGAGGAGAAGUUCAUAUGAUGGAAGAAGAUCGCAUCGCCUUUGAGGCGAACGCUCCAGCCGUCCUUCCAGAUCCUGUGGGUGAUGGUACGAAGAACGAUAUUUCAGAUGGUGCAACGAAAGAUCCUACAGAAAAUGCCGUGCUUCCCAACACGGAGUUACCCAAAGACAACGCUGAUGCUGGCAGGGGACCGCCAAUUCCUGUUUACCUUCCCCCAGGAAGCAACGUUCUACCAUUUGAAGAAAGGGUGGCAAAGCCUGGAGUCCGAUACUACAACUACCAAGGCUUCUUGAACCGGCUGAAUUCAGAUGGAGGUGACUUUGGCAUUGAAGUCCUCGUCGCAGGAUCUGACUGGCAUGAGGAGGUCUCAGUCGAGAGGCAUAAGAGAUGGGAACCGUCGCCCCCUCCUCCUCCACCGGUGUCGGCACAGCGUCCAGCAGUGACAAGACAACUGCCUAAACAGCCAACAGUCGAUCCUCCGGACUCAUCUCCCAAGCAACCACCACAGCCACCACCACUGUACAUGGAGGCUCCGAGCACAGGCUAUGUUCCGCCUUUAGUUCGAAACAGAGUAUCUGAGUACCUUGCGGCCGAUCCACUCGAAAGAAAGUACUCCUUCAGCGAUAAAAUCGAGUUUCCAUCGGGCUCUGAGAACGUUCUCGAAGGACGUAUCAUGCGCAUCAGAGUCCGAAGCCCGACAAUCAUAGCCGCUCUUGGAGCCGCCUCAGGUUGCAGGCAUUUGUUAAGUGACAAUCCAGUCUAUGAGUUCGGUCGCCCGUUUCGAAUCAUUGAGGAGUUUCACGACGAGAUUAAAAAGAAGCUGGCCGAGAUGGAGAGCAUACACUUGGAAUCUGCUUCAUCAAGCGACAUAGCCCUAGUUGAGGAUGUUACCUUGUCCAGUCAGGACACUGCUUCUCCAGCAGAGUCACUCAAAGCCACUGCUGAGCUGAUUCCGGGCGAAGUAACGCCGGAAGGGAAAGAGGAAGGCUUACGAUUUUCGACGGAGGAUUUGGAGCAUAUGAGGCAGUACGUCGGCUUUGUGGAAAAAGCCAUUCUUCCAAUUCGUGGCACAUUCCGAAACGUGGAACACAAGACGCCUCCACGCGUGUGUUUCGAAGACAUACCAUACCUUUUCAAACCAGGAGCGUUGGCUAUCGUGUCAGAGAAAGAAAUAUCUGAGAAAUCACUUCACCGGUCUGCCGUUCAACGUGUUUGGAGACUCGUGUCGUGCCAACCUUCUGAUGUUCGAACAGCGCCGUUUCGCGAUGAGGAUGAUGAUAAUGAAGAAGACGAAUUCACAAACAGCACUACAUGGAGCAUGUACUGUCUCGACUAUGAUGGAGAGACACUGGUGCCUGUCUGGAAGACCAUUCGUUUCCAACGAUUUCACGGAGAACGGGAUAUUACUUCUUUGGAGUGCUACCCACUGGAUUUUGACUUCAAGGGUGAAAAAGUCCUUGAAGAGCAAAAGGUCUCGGGUAAAAGAUUCAAAACAUGCUUGACUGGAAAGUGGAAGCACUUUUUCUACUUAGGAUGGACUUUCAUCACUGGCCUUCGUGCUGAAGCCCUAGAACAUGAGAACGGCAACACUAUCCAGCAUCCGGAGUAUAUAGAGAGCGAGAUUGUUGUUGACUUCAAGGAAGCGCUCCAGAGCUAUCCUGGAUGGGAAACCGAACGAUUAACUCCAUAUAUUGUGGAUAAUGCUUGGGAUUGGAUCGCAUCAGCACAACUCCCACUGCGAAUCUGGGAGGAAGACCGUAAAGGCUCUUACGGCAGACGGCGGUACCGAGGUGUGCGCUCCCCGGUCCUCAUCGAAGAGAGUGAACUCUACAGACGGGAAGCAGACAAAUGGGAAGAUGAGGACAUUUUCCUCUCCGGAAAAGCGGACUUCAUGAGCAAGGAUUGGUCUGAUCAGGAUUUAGCUCUUCUUCCCAAGAGGGUAUUUGCCUAUGUCUUACGAGAAAGGAGGUUUGCCCGCCUUGACGUUGGGGGCAUCGAACUAGAUGCGGAGCAAAGCACUGUGACUCUGGACGACAUCCAGAUGGAUCGUAAACGCAGGCUGAUGAUCCGGUCGGCAGUAUCGGCUCAUUUCAGAGACAAAACCAAGCCCUCGACCUCUGAACUCGACAUGUUUCGUGGCAAAGGAAAGGGUCUCAUCAUACUUCUUCACGGUGCCCCUGGAGUCGGUAAAACCGCUACAGCGGAGGCCGUUGCAGCUGAGAACAACAGACCGCUCUUUCCCAUCACCUGUGGUGACUUAGGGUUCUCUCCAGGCGAGGUCGAUAAGGCUCUUCGGGACAUCUUUCGCUACGCUCACUUGUGGACUUGCAUAUUGCUUUUUGAUGAGGCCGAUGUAUUCCUCACGCAAAGGGAUCGCAGCGGUGGAAAUCUUGAACGCAAUGCUCUCGUAGGAGUGUUCCUCAGAGUUCUGGACUACUACAGCGGAAUUCUCUUCAUGACAACCAACAGAGUUGGGGCUCUCGAUGAAGCGUUUCAAUCUCGAAUGCAUCUCAGUCUUUCUUACCCCAACCUGAGCUUAGGCGACACAAUCGAGAUUCUGAAAUUCAAUCUCAACCGGCUCCCAAGAAUCAACAAAGCCGAGGGCAAGACGGCGCAAGGCGGGUACCUGAAGAUUUUCGACAAACCCAUCAUAGAGUACGUCAGUAAAGAGUACGAGGACUAUUCUGCAAGAACCAAAAAGAGUAGAGGGCCCUGGAAUGGGAGGCAGAUUCGUAAUGUAGUUCAGGUCGCAGCAGGUCUUGCUCUCUACGAAAAGCAGACUGGAUCAGGAGACAACAGCGAUGAGGACGAUCCACCGUAUCUAACCGCUGAACACUUCCGAGCCGUCGCGGAUAUGACCUACGAAUUUGAGGACUAUCUGAGCCUUGCCGGAAAAGGUGACGCCCAGGUUCAAGCCGCGCGCCGCCGGGACCGUGCAGACCAGUUUCAUGGAAGUCAAGAUCAUGACAACUCGGUUUUCCAAAGCUUCUCUGACUUGGAAAGAAGAAGAUCAACGCCGGGGGGUCGACAUGGAAGUUAUCGGGGAGACGAUACUCCCUCUAGAAGUGGCGGUCACGCAUCAGGUGUAAGAGCUUCCGUCGGUCGAGCUCGUGGCUCAACGCCAAGAUCACCCGGAGUGACUGGCCAAGAUUUUGGCACAAAUCCGAGGCCAUCUCCCAGAAACUAUGCUCGAGGGCCGGAGCGCUCUCGUCCGAGUGAAGUUCCCCACCGUUCUCAAGAACGUGAUGAGGACAGCUAUUUCAAUGAGCCUGAGCAAAGGAUGGACCACUAUUCUGGCGACGAAAGCGAAGUCCACGGGGGCAAAUACGGUUAUGAGGAGCGUUCUCAAUUUCAGUCAUCCUUUUCCUAGGGAGUGGCCGGUGAGCAGAGUUUGCGGCAGGCCUGGCGUCGCUGCCAAGCGGGGCUUUAGGCGAAUGUUAGGAGGAGUACAUGCGGACAUUUUUUUCAUCUUAAUCAGGAUCGUUCCUUGGGAACACUUCGAAAAGAGAUAAGUAGGAGAUUUUCGCUUGGAUUAGCUUCAACACAUUCGUAGCUCCUUAAGUAGAUAUUCAACAUAUCUCAUCAACUGCUAGAUGGUGUC